AUGUGUUUUUUGAGUUUUGUACUGGCAGGCUUUCCCGACAUCGUGUGCUUCGAACAGACGGGCCAGCGCGCCAGAUCAGAGGAUCGGCGCGAGCAGCUACUCCAGGCCCUGCAAAAGGGAGACGCCGAGCGUCUGCAGAAGCUUUGUGCCGUGGCCCUCUCGGAUCCUGCGCUGGCCAGUACAGACCUUGUUGCCACUUGCAAGAAGCUGCUCCGCCACCUCCUGCACUUCCGGAAGGUCUUGAAGGAAGGCCGCACGUUUCUUCAAGGCGUUCCGUGGGAUUAUCCAGCAGAGCAAGUCGACAUCAAUGUUGGCCUGCUGCGGAACUCACAGUGGGGAGCUGGCAUCUGGGAUGACGAGCUAUUGGCCAAGGCCAAAAUCAUGAAGGAUGCCGAUCUCCUGAAGCUGCUGCGUUCCGUGCGGCCUUUGAACGAUGAUGGCUCCCUGAAGACUCGGGUAGACACUCAUCGCUGCAUAAGGGCUUGGUUGACUCUCACUGAAGCAGGCGUGCUAAGUGAACACCUGUCCAGGAUGCUUCUCUUGCGCCUGUGCGAGUGCGGCAAAGCUGGCGUCGCCUUGGGAAUGGCUUUGGCUGAGCCGUGGUUUCUGUUGCAAUAUGGUGGAGGUGUGCAGCUGGCGUUCGUUAUGGAGGAGCUGUGGAAGCACCUCUGGAAGGGAGCGCAGCUCAACAAGACGUCUGAGCUGAAGGUGGUGCCCAUCCUCCAAGGACAAGCCUCCGGACUUCGAGACCUUUCUGGAUACGUACGAGCAGAGCAGCAGCGGGAGUUGCUGCUGAAGGGCCCGCUGGCAGCAUUGAACACAGCUCGGCGCAUCCUGGAGGAGGUCGGGGCUGUCUCCGAGAAGGGACCUGCAGAUGCCGAAGCUGCGCGGGUGGCCACCGUGCUUUGCGUCAUCCCAAGCCCGGCACUAGUGGUUUUGGGACACCAGGGGCUCUUUCCUACGAUGCUCCAGCACCGCGGGUCUUGCACUGCUGCGCUGGCGGCAGCCUUGCAAGUUUGCGCGAUGGCUGUCGGCCUGUCACUGACCUGGUCGGCGAAGCCGGGGCCGGUGGAGGAGCCAGCGGAGGCUGAGGCUGCGCCGAGCGCGCCCGAAUCGCAGAACGACCUGGGUGCCUGCAUGGUGGCUGCUGCCGAGCAGCUGCAGCACAUCGGCUAUCCGAAGGCUCCGAGAAGCCAGGAGCAAGCUGCCAUGAAGACGAUCUUGUCAGCUUGCGCCCAGGACCUCGAGGACGAGGGACAAUUGGUUAUUGGAGCCUCCUGA